ACGUGUGUCGCUCGAUUUGGAAGUCGGGCUCUAAGGGCGGCCAGUGCACCUCGCCAGUCACUCCCAGGCAGAGCAGUCACGGGGCGGCCAGCGUGCAUCAUGUUCUUCCUCCUGCUGGUGUUGACGGGUCUGCUGAGCGGCGGCCUCUGCUCGCCUGUCACUAAGAGUGACGCCCAGUCUGCCGCCCCGCUGCCCGCUGUGGUCAGGGAGAGGAGGAGCGCCCGUAUCAUUGAAGACUGCAUGCUGGUGGGUCUGGAAGAGGGCACGUACUACUACAAAAGCCGCGGAACAGGCGAUGUGUGCGGCGUGUACCUUCUGAGCCAACCUGACGAAGCUGUCCAGGUGUCCUUUGAUUACCUGAACGUGGACUGCGAGAGUGAUGGCCUUGUUAGCUUCGUGGACGGAUGGGAGUUGGGAGGCGAGCUGUUCCCAGGAGAGGUGGACGCCCCGCUUGAGGGACGCGUGCACGAGUUCUGCGGGCGACUCAAGAAGAAAGUGUUCCGUUCCUCAGGCAAUGCAGCGCUCAUUCAGUACCGUGUCCCUGCCCGCGGCGACACCUUCAAGAUCACAGUGAGAUACACCAAGAACAAAGCACCCUGUAACAUCUUGGUGGAUGACGUCUCAGGAAUCUACACUCUAAGAAACCACGGACGCCGCCAGAACUGUUCCGUGACUACAAUAUUCCCCGCCACCGUGAACUUGGUACAGCUCGCGGUGGGAGUCGUGGGUAGCGUGCCAAACAGAGCCAUCGAGACGGGGGUACUCAGCAGGUGCCACAAGAGGGGCGCGCAGGACUUCGUUCAGAUCGGGGGCGGCCAGGGCCUCGAUCCUCUCCAUAUGAUAGUGGAGGACUCCAUCUGCGGCCUAGACACCAACCCCCGCGUGCCAGCGUCCCACAUUGUCUGCGGCAUGACCACCGUGCGCUUGGUCUCCUCGGGUCGCGUGGACAACAGCGUCACCGUGGCCCUCUCCCAGAUCACUGACGUAGACGUGAUGCCCACCUUGAUGUGUGACCUGCCCCUGUGAGGUUCUUGAGCAGGUUCCUCCCUCCAUCCAUCCCUCCCUCCCUCCCUCUUCUCUCUCUCUCCUUUCCUCCAAACAACACUGCAUUUCCUCGCUUCCUCCCAUUUGUUUACUCCUUUUCUUUUCCUCAGCAUUCACUCUCUCUCUCUCUCUCUCUCUCUCUCUCUCUCUCUCUCUCUCUCUCUCUCUCUCCAUCUUUCUCAACUUCGUAAAUCCAAAUUUUUUUUUCCUUUGUUUCGUAUUUUAUCACUCCCUUCCUUCCUUCCUUCCUUUUACUUCUCCCCCUGCGUCCUCUCCCUCUCCCCUCCCUCCCCCACCACCCCAGCCGGCUCCCAACAAGACCAACAGAUCCUCACCAGCAGAAAACUUUUAGUGAGAUCAAGAAACUCCUUUAUAAUGGAAACAAGACAGGAAAAAAAAAGUUUAAACAAAAUAAAAAAAAAAUCAAAAGUGUAAUGCAUGUUUUGGUCACUUGUAUAGAUAAAUAAACUGUUUUACUCUAUUCUUGCAAACGGGAGAGACUAUGACAAGAUGAAAAUAUAAAUAACGAAGUAAUCUGCAGUAAACAAAAUAUUACGGUGAAAGAUUCAGAAGGGAAUUAAAACUCAAUACUAAAAUACUCUUCGUGCACUGAGACAACCAACAGCCAACCAUGGAAGCAAAUUGACGAGAGAAAGGUUUUGGCGCGCGUCUGGAAACACUGCCGUCACCGCUGGGCUGGCCGUGUGGCUUGGCUAGCUUGGCGGAGGCUGGCGGUUAAGAGAAGCAAGGAAAUAUCAACCACUAACGAGGAAACAAGACCCCAGCUAGCGUCCUCGCCCCGUGACACGCUCCUAAGCCCGUGUGUGUCCCUCGGGGCGUGCACGAACCUUCAGGACAGCGGCAAUUGGGAUUUACGAUUCAGUAAGCUUGCAGGGCUGUUUCGAGAUCAAGGGGAAUGGAAAUUGUUAAAAAAAGGGAAAUAAUGUAUGGUUCUCUACAUUAAUAGGACUUAUAUUCAGUAUCUUACAAGUUUUAUUCACUAAUGAAAAAGUAUAUAUUUCUCAGUCAUAUUUAAUAAUGAAAUAAGAACAACGCACAAGGUUCUCCACGUUAAGAAAACUUCCUCAGUAUUUGUAAAGAGUAUGUGCAUUGAUGGUGGAAAGGAAUGAGUUUCAUCUACGGUAGUAUUUGUGAAGACUUUGUUACUGAAUCUUCGCCCCCGAACACCGCGAAACAAACCAACCAUCGAGACGCUUAUUCACAAUCCACGCCCUGCCUUCACCAUCCAUGGGUUCCCGUCUUAAUAUACUCCAAGUCUACGCUAAGAUGGCAAACACUACAGUAGUCCUUAGUCACAAACACAUGAGAAAAGAAUAGAAAAGUUAAAGGGAAUGAAAUCAGGCAUGAACUCUGGAUCCACCAUAGUCCGGCCCACCGAUGCUCUUUGUAACGAAUUAUAAGCUAUAUGGAUUAUAUGUAUGACUUUGGAAUUACAGAGUUAUAUUCC